GACUCGACAGGAAAUGUCGCCCUCUUUCGUCCAACGGAAAUGACCACAAGCCCAAGGCUUGCCCAAGCCAAUGAGAUACUCCCGUGGUCUGACGUCACGCCACGGCAGCCAAUGGAAAAACCUGAUGUGCCUUGCCAGGUUAGCGACGCAUAUUAGAACUGAGACGUUACCGACGGCGAUAAUAUGGCGACCACUGCCAAACGCAAAUCUGGGGGUGGCGAGGCGGGAGACGUCAGUGGCAAUAACCGCCGCCUUACGCGAAGUGCAGGGGCUGCCAGGUCGGACGUCGAUGGCCGCCGGGAUGGAGAGUGGCCGUUCGUAGAAGGCGCCAUUGUGAGGAUCUCCAUGGAGAAUUUCCUGACAUACGAUAAUUGUGUCGUCUAUCCAGGCCCUCAUCUAAACAUGAUCGUUGGAGCUAACGGAACAGGCAAAUCAAGCAUUGUUUGUGCCAUAUGCCUAGGAUUGGCAGGAAAACCUUCUUUCAUAGGACGAGCAGACAAGGUUGGUCACUAUGUGAAGCGGGGUUGUAACAAAGCAGUAGUUGAAAUUGAAGUGUUUAAGAAUCCAACCAAUCUUACUAUCACACGAGAAAUAUCUGUAACAAACAACCAAUCAGCUUGGUUUAUUAACAAGAAGCCUUCUACUCUCAAAAUGGUAGAGGAUCAAGUCUCAGCAUUAAACAUUCAAGUAGGGAAUCUAUGUCAGUUUCUUCCACAGGACAAGGUUGGAGAAUUUGCAAAAUUAUCCAGGAUUGAACUACUUGAAGCCACAGAGAAAUCAAUUGGUCCUCCAGAAAUGUAUAAAUUUCACUGUGAUCUAAAAAACUUCAGGCAUAAAGAGCGCGAACUUGAGAAUGCAUGGAAGGAGAAAAGUAACAACUUAGAGAAAAUGAAGCAAAAGAAUGAAAGGUAUAAGCAAGAUGUGGAGAGAUACUACGAACGUAAGCGCCAUCUAGAUAAAAUUGCAGUGCUUGAGAGAAAAAGGCCCUGGUUGGUAUAUGAUGAUGUUUACAACCAGUAUGAAGAGGUGAAAAAAAGUCGAGACCGUCAGAAAACAGAAUUAAAAGAAUUAAAAGAAACACUGUCUCCCAUGAUACGUCAGAUCCAAGAGGCUGAGAAAGAGUGUGCAAGUCUGGAUGUCAAAAUCAGAGAGAAGACUGCAGCUAUUAAAGAAACUUCUGAGAAAUGUAAACAACAGCAAGAUGCUUUGGAGAGAAAAGACAAGCAGAUUGAGGAAGUUAAACUCGCUUUGAGGAUGAAAAGAGAGGCAGAAACAGACAGGCAGAAAAGGAUACAAAAUACUCAUAAAUUGAUAGAAGACUUGACUAAUGAGCUGAAAAAUGCAGAUAGUUCUGAGACUAUUCAGCCUCUAAUUGAUUCUGUUAAUGCUAACCUCAGACAGCUGGAGGAAGAGAGAGCAAGUAUUGAUGUUGAACUGAAUGAUUUGCUCAGAGAAAGGGAGAACCUGCUGAAGGACAAAAAAGGGGUUGUUGAUCGUAUUGUGCAAUUUGAAAAUUUGAUGGCUCAGAAGGAAGAGAAGCUCAAGGGGAGAUUUCGAGACACAUACACUGCUCUUUUGUGGCUAAGACAGAACAGAGGCCGGUUUAAAAGAUGUGUCUGUGAACCUAUGAUGCUUGCAAUCAAUAUGAAAAAUCACAGACAUGCUAAAUAUGUAGAAAACCACAUUUCAUCUAAUGACCUGAGGGCCUUUGUCUUUGAAAUCCAAGAAGAUAUGGAAGUUUUCCUACGGGAGAUGCGUGAUAAUCAGAAACUAAAAGUGAAUGCUGUAUGUGCACCCAGUGAAUCAUGUGCUGAAACCAAACCUUCAAAACCAAUUGAGGAGCUGCACCGGUAUGGAUUUUUCACUUACCUGCGAGAGUUAUUUGAUGCUCCUCUUCCUGUGAUGAGUUACCUGUGCUCUCAUUAUCGGAUUCACGAGGUCCCAGUGGGAACAGAGAAGACCAGAAAUAUGAUUGAAAGGGUCAUAACAGAAACCAAGCUUAGACAAAUCUACACUGCAGAAGAAAGAUAUGCUGUAAAAAUAUCUGCUUAUACAAAUGAAAUUGUCUCCACUAACACAUCACUGAGACCAGCACAAUUUCUGACUGUCGUGGUGGAUGCAGAUGAAAGAAGACAGUUGGAAAAUCAAAAGAACGACAUUAACAGGCAGUUGCAAUCAUUGGAUACUCGUAAGGCUGCACUAUCUGAGCGGCAGAGAUAUUUGGAACGCCAAGACAAUGAACUCAGGCAACAGAAAAAGGAGCUUCUAGAAAGAAAAAACAAAAGGAAACAGUUGGAAUCAAAAAUUAGCAUGAAAUAUGACAGUAUAAAACAGAUGGAGCAAGAUGCCAUCAACCUGGAAGAAGAGGUUGAGCUAGCAAGUGCUAAAAUUAAAAAAAUUAACACAGAGAAAGCAAAACUAGUUGCAGAAUUUAUGCAACUCAUAAAGAACUGUCUGACCCUGAAUGAACACAAGACUGCUUUGGUUCUCCAGAAGACAACGGCAGCUUUUUGCAAAAGCAAACUUGAGGCUGAAUAUAAAACUGGAAGAAUACAGGCAAGAUCAGCAGAGCAACAGUUUUCAGAGUUGGAAAAAAAGAAACAGACCCUUUUGCAGAAGUGUAAAGAUUUACUGGUUAAAGCUAAACAAGCCUGUAACCUCCGUCCAGAUCAAAACAUUCCAGAAGAUUUAGCAAAGGCAUUUCAAAGCGUUCCAAGCACAUUGGAUGAAAUUGAUGCUUUACUGAAUGAGGAGAAAUCAAGAGCUUCCUGCAUCACAGGCUUCAGUGAUUCAGUCAUUGAUGAAUAUAAUAAAAGGACAGAAGAAAUAGCACGGGUGACAUUGGAGCUGGAGGAGAAAAAAAACGAGUUGGACAACUAUAGGCAAAACAUUUCACAGGUUAAGGAAAGAUGGCUAAACCCUUUGAAGCAGCUGGUUGAGCAAAUCAAUGAAAAGUUUAGUCACUUCUUUAGCUCUAUGCAGUGUGCGGGAGAAGUGGAUCUUCAUACAGCAAAUGAGGAAGACUACGACAAAUAUGGGAUUCGAAUAAGAGUCAAAUUCCGUAGUAACACUCAGCUUCAGGAGCUGACUCCACACCAUCAGAGUGGAGGAGAGAAGAGUGUUUCAACUAUGUUAUACUUACUGGCUUUGCAGGAACUCAACAGAUGUCCUUUCAGAGUGGUAGAUGAAAUAAAUCAGGGGAUGGACCCUGUUAAUGAAAGACGAGUCUUUGAUGUGGUUGUAGAAACUGCCUGUAAAGAAAGCACUUCUCAGUACUUCUUUAUUACACCUAAGCUGUUGCAGAACCUUACUUACGGAGAAAAAAUGACUGUGUUGUUAGUUUACAAUGGAUCUUCUAUGCUGGAAUCAAAGAAGUGGAACUUAGAGGCAUUCCAUCGGAGACGCAGCCGAUUUCAGAUGUGACCAAUCAAUAAAUACUUCUGUGAUGCCUUUUGAAACCUAGAGGAGGCUGAAGAACUCAGUUUCUUUGUUUAUAUAAAAGCACAACUCUCUUGAAGACACCAUUGAUGGCCUGCAUUUUAUAUGACUAUAAUAUGUUACUUCACCUUUUAUGAUUUUCCUCAGGAGGACUUCAAGCACCAAUUUUUGGGAAGAGAUUGGAAGAACUUUUUCUUCCCAGCCGUCAGCUGCCUUUGGUGGUGGAUUGCAGCGGAAGGCUUGUAGUCUGUCAUAGCUUUGGAGUUCAGUUUAUUAAAAUCUUUUUUGUAUGUCUUGUACAUGUUCUGCUACAACUUUUAAAGGAACUGGAGAACUGGUCAGUAUUUCCCCAAAUUUGUUGAGCAGAAAAGUUUUAUCUGUUGUCAUUGUCCAUAGUUGUGAACUCAAAAGAGGUUAUUGUAAAAAGUAUGUUUCUCAACUGCUGCUAAGGUUAUGCCUCAAUCUGAUUUGUAUUCUGGAAGAUGACAUGGUUUCAGACACUUGCCAGCAACUUAAAAUAUGCAGUGUCUUUUUAUGUUUAUCUUAAAGGGAUCUCUUUCUGAUUGGUGUUUGUUCCUUUUAUAAUAUAUACUAUUCCUAUGAGAUGGGACAAGUUUAAAUUUUACCCUUUGUGCUUUUUCAUAUGAAAAAAUAUUAAUCUCUCCAACCAUUCCAACCUUACAAAAUUGUUUUUAUAUAAUAAAUUUAUAUUAGAUGUUGUUUCAUUUUAGCUUUAGUUCUUGUGCUAUUGAGCAUGUUCAGAAUAGGAGGAAGAUUCUGUUUUAGAUAUGAAAAAAGUACAAGCAAAAUACCAUGAAUGAAUUCAUAUACGAGGAGAAAAACCUGUUUGACUGUAGGAGUCUAUGACCUAAAUCCAAUAUUAGUCCCAAAUAGAGAACCACUAGAAUAAGCACAAGUUGUUACUCCACUUAAUGUACGUUCCAUUAGUUUCAGUGGUUUUAUUCGGACUAACAUUAGAUUUAGCCCUAGGAUUGUUUUCGGAUAUUAAUUUCUUCUUCGUUGAGGGACAAAGCAUGUGUGGUAUUGAGCUAUAGAACACUGGAAAAUAUUGCUGAGUCCCAGAACAAUAAUUUAGGCUGGAGUUAUAAAGAUGGAUUUGUUAACCUUCAUUAACUAAAAGAGUUAUGUCUGAGGAAAGCUAGUUAGUAUUUUGUGAAACAUGUUCACAGCUAUUGGUUUUAUACAUUUCUCAUCCUUUUGUUUUUAAAUCUUCCUGUGUAAAUAAUUUUUUAAAAAAUCAGUGUCUUC